AUGGCUGCAUUCCGUUUGACCAUCGAUGACGGCCAAUUUCGAGAUAAACAAGGUCGCCAGGUAAUCCUUCGUGGCAUUAAUGUCGCUGGCGACUCCAAGCUGCCGAGCGAGCCUGAGCAACCGUCCCACGUUAGCGAGCGCUUCUUCGACGGCGACAAUGUAUCCUUCCACAACCGACCGUUCCCCAAGGACGAAGCGGCAACGCACUUUGCCCGUCUCAAGAGAUAUGGAUUCAAUACGAUUCGAUACCUGUUCACGUGGGAGGCCCUCGAGGCUGCUGGGCCCGGAAAUUACGACGAAGAAUUCAUUCAGCAAACGAUUGACGUGCUGCGCAUCGCCAAAUCGUUCGGUUUCUACAUCUUCAUGGAUCCGCAUCAGGAUGUCUGGUCAAGGUUUACAGGAGGCUCAGGCGCACCAAUGUGGACUAUCUACGCUUGUGGCCUAAACCCAGAGAGCUUCGCAGCAACCCAGGCUGCCAUCGUACACAAUACAUGGCCAGAUCCAAGCCAAUUCCCCAAGAUGAUAUGGUCUACAAAUUACUUUCGGCUCGCUACUGGGACCAUUUUCACCAUGUUUUUCGCCGGCAAAGACUUUGCGCCUAAGUGCAUCAUCGAUGGGGUGAACAUCCAGGACUACCUGCAGAAUCAUUUCAUAAACGCAUGCGCGCAUCUAGCCAGGCGCAUACAUGAGGCCGGUGACCUCGAAGACGAGGUUGUCAUGGGCUGGGAGAGUAUGAAUGAGCCUAACAAAUGCAUGAUUGGCUACCAAGACCUUACUGUCAUCCCCAAAGCUCAACAUCUGAAGAAGGGCACUUCUCCAACAAUGUGGCAGACAUUCCUAACAGGUAUGGGCCGAGCUUGCGAGAUUGACACUUGGGAUAUGGGUGGUCUGGGACCAUACAAGACAGGGACGGAAUUAGUCGACCCUGAGGGCGAAAUCGCCUGGCUGCCUGAUGAUUAUGACGACUCGAGAUACGGCUGGAAGCGAGAUCCUGGUUGGAAACUCGGAGAGUGCAUCUGGGCUCAGCACGGUGUUUGGGACCCCGUCACCGACACGCUCCUGAGAAAAGACUACUUUGCCAACAAUCCCAACAGUGGCACCAGUAUCGACUAUCCCGAAUUCACAAACACAUAUUUCAUGGAUUUUUGGCGUAAAUACAAAGCCGGGUGCAGAGCGAUCCACAAGGAUUGUAUCAUGCUGAUGCAGUAUCCGACGCUGGAGCUUCCACCAGAGAUCAAGGGUACUGCAGAUGACGACAAGCUACUUGUCUUCACGCCCCAUUACUACGACGGUAUAACAUUGAUGACGAAGCACUGGAAUAGCACUUGGAACGUGGACGUGGUUGGUGUCUUGCGUGGCAAGUACCUGCACCCGGCAUUUGCCAUCAAGAUCGGAGAGACCGCAAUUCGAAAUUGCUUAAAGGACCAGCUCGCGACACUUCGACAAGAGGGAAUCGACCGUACCGGAAGGCAUCCUUGUUUACUGACCGAGUUUGGUAUCCCUUAUGACAUGGAUGAUAAGAAGGCCUAUAAGACGGGCGACUAUAGCAGCCAAACUGCGGCACUCGAUGCCAACUACUUUGCCGCCGAGGGGUCAGGCAUGGAGGGGCACUGCCUAUGGGUCUAUAGCGCCAAGAAUGUGCAUCAAUGGGGCGAGAACUGGAACGGUGAAGACCUGUCCAUAUUCUCGCUUGAUGACCUUGUUCCGCCGGCAUCUGCCAUGCCAAAGUAUUCUGACUCAAACGUCAGUCUGCCUGAGGAGAAUAGCGUUAACCCCACAAAUCUCCGUCGUUCAAUGACAAGCCCGUCUAUCAGCUCGACACCAUCCCUCAACAAUCCUGAACUUACGAAUGCGCCCGGAUAUCGUGCUGCGGAAGCGUUCAUUCGGCCCACCGCCACCGUGAUAGCGGGCGAAGUUAUCUCCGCCGGCUUUGAUCUACGACGAUGCGCAUACGACCUAAAGCUCACGGCACCCAAGGUGACUGACGAGAAGUUUCCGACGGUGGUGUAUCUCCCCGAGUUCCAUUUUCCCCGAGACGAAUGCGAGGUUGCCGUGACGUCGGGCAAGUGGGAGAUUAGCAUCGACGAAGACGAGGGCGUGCCUCUGCAGAGACUGAAGUGGUGGCAUCCCGAAGGCGAGCAAAGCAUCACAGUAACCGGGCUAGUCCGCAAGCAUGAUAUUCUUGCUAGCACGGCAGACGAGGAUUCAUACUUGCAGCAGUGCCAGCAAGGGUAUCUCAACAGCUGCACUCUGAUGUGA